CAGUUUGUGAGCUGAUAUGCAGUGGAAAUAAUUUCACUUAGCCAUGUCAAUGACACUUCGCGUUAUUGUGCACGACAGUGACAUCCGGAAGGUUGUCAUAGAGGAAACACCAGCUGAUGCUGAUGCUUUAAAACAAGUGCUGCAGAAGAAACUGCAACUUGCAUACCCAUUCAACAUCCAGUAUGAAGACCCUUUUUUUAACAAUGCAUUAUGCAAUAUCAGUGACAUUAAUGACCUACCAGAGAGAGCGACGGUGAAAAUAAUUCCUCUGGACACAUCACCUUCCUCAAGUCAAGCUGACACCAUAAUUCUCUCAGGUUCUGAUACAUCAGAGCAGUUGUCUGCUGAACGACAGAUUGUAUGGCCAGAUGAGUUUGAGAUACCUAAAUUCUCGGUUAAUGUUGAGUAUCGUCUACGACAGGGAAACCUAGCUUUUAUGAAAGAUGGUACAACUGCUGACGUUGGAAGAGACAUAAAACAUGACAUACUGGAGGGGCUUGCUGGGGCCAUAUACACAUUUAGGGCCUAUCCAAGUGAUGAGGAUUUUACCCAAGUUGCUGCAGCUCUCAUCAAAACACACCCAUGUUUAACCGAACAGGGCUCCACAUCAGGCUUUGCUGGCUGGAAAAACAGUCUAAAGUUUAAAAUGGCCAACUACAGAUCAAAAAUGCGUAAAUCUGGCUGUAGUGAUGUUGCAAUUGGGGAGAAGAGAGGUGCAAUGAAGGCAACGAAGCAUCAAGGCAUCAAAAAACCCAGACGAUCUGAGUUGAAUUUCUUGCCAAACUUUCCUAAUGGUGAAGAUGAAGAAAGCCAAAAACGUACAAGAAUAGAACUUGUAGAAGAAAUGAAAAGGAGGCCUCUAAACAUGAGCUUGAUUGGCCAAAAGAUGGACAGUACAUUUGCCUUGAGACGAAAAGAAAUUGUCCACUCUGAACCUCUUGUCAGUGACAUCUUGGAAAAGUGGCCGGCACUUUUUUUGGAAAGCCAGAUCUUUGCAGAAUUCAAUCGAAUAUCAGGACGAAAUUUGAGAUCGGAGUUCUACACUGCAUUGGACACACACUCAGCUCGUUUGAUUGAAAUUUUCAAAAAAAGAGGAGGAAAUCAGGGAAAAAAACUAGAUGAGAUUUUGCAACAAGUUUUUUCUAAGUCAUCUGAUGUGACGGUUGUCCGCACCGCAGUUCUUCAGGGUCUUCCAGUCCUUUUGGGGGAUGAGUCUGAAGAUUUUUUCAGGAUGUGUUUUGAUGUGGAUGUAGAGGCUGACUUCAGUGGAGUAGAUGUUGGCCUGCUGACCGUCUUUUGUGAGGACAUGCCUGCCAGAUGUCCUAAUGACCUCAAUGUGGAUGCAAAGCGGGCUAUUAUACUGGAAGGAAAAGUGGUUAUGGACGAUGUCCCUACUUUGCCACACGCAGUAUGUCUCCUGUUUGCUUUGAUUUAUGCACUAAAUUUGGACUACCCAAAGACUAUGAGCAACACUUUUGAAUUUGUUCAACGUGUGAUGCUUUCACUGGGAGGGAAGAAUCUGAAACCAAAACUUCAGACCCUGAAAAAUCAGCUUUUUAGCUAAAUGUCAGUGUUUUUUCUGUGAGUGCCUAUAUGCUGCCGUGUUUUAUGUUGAAUGGUUCUGGCUCAAUGGCAUGUUUAAUUACAAAGCCUUUCACUAGGUAGGUAAAAUCUCAAAUCGAAACUUCAGACUUUUAAAAAUCAGCUUUAAGCUAAACAUCUGUUCCUCUGCAAGUGCCUAUAUGCUGCCAUUUUUCAAGGUGCUGGUGCAAUGCCAUGUUUAAUUGCACUAAUUUCAAGU